CUAUACAGGUUCUACAAAAUUGGGAAAAACACUGUUCUCAUCUGCAAGUUCUAAAACCCCUCUCCCAUCAAUACAAUACCUCCAGGUAAACUCUUACCCACUUCACUUUAUUAUCUGUGACCAGCAAAUCAUGAAUCUGAACUCGGAACAACUUCUGCCAGAGGAUUUUUAUCUGGCAGAAGAAGGUUCCUUGUUGGAAGAAAUGGCAGAAGAAGAUGAAGAGAUUGAUUUAUAUAAUGAAGUGACGUUUGGAUUGGAUAAUGAAGACUCUGGGGAUGAAACCCCUACAGAAGAGAACAUUGCAGAAAUACCUGACCAAAAGCCUAAGUUGGUGAAUGCAAAAGUAGAGUCCCCAGGAAAACAGUCGGCGGUGGCAGAACCAUUGGAUGAGAGAACCCAGAUGCAGGAGGUGACGGCUGUGGCGGAAUCCCUGAGAGACCUCUGCAUGUCUGUGAAUGUGAAGCGUCAACUAGAAAGUACAAGAAUAGAUGAUUCUGGGUUAGGAGACCCGGCAGUGAUGAAGGCGUUCCAUGGGCAGCCAACUCUGGAGAGUGUGGACAGUGCUGUCGUUGACAGUGGGAUCGGCUCGAACUGGGGUGAAUACGAUACAGAUUAUGAUCUGACUGGUAUGGAUUCAGGAUUAUGGGGAGGAUCACCGAAGGGAAGGGCUGCAGUUGCUGGACAGAUAUUGGAGGAUAAAGCAAUACUAAGAGUAAUGGACAAAGCACCAUAUGUUCCACCCUCCAACCUGGAGUUCUUGGGAUCUCCUAUGCAGAGGCCAUACAUGUGUGCGCAACGGUUCAGAGGGCCAGAAAUGGGAAGAAUGUCCCCAAAGCCAUUCCGUCCUCGCUUCUUUAGACAGCAAUCUCCCUUGGUGCCACGUUCCAUGCGUCCACCAUUUCCAUUUACACCUCCACCAAGAGCGCAUCCCCCGUUCAAUCCAAAUCAGUCUCCAGGAUUUAUGUCCCAGGCUCCGUUCAGGCCAAUGUCUCCCAAUAUAAGUACCCCUACACGACCAAUGACCCCCAAGAUGGUCAGGAUGCACUUUGGGCCGAUGUCUCCCAAUCUAUCUCCUUUCUUUAGCCCAGCGGGUAACGACUUCCAGAGGUUCAAAGUUCCAGGCCAUGUUACCCAGCUGCAUCCCCAACAUCGACGGAUUCUUAGUCAGCGACAACGCGUACAGAGCACCACCCGCAAGCCUUGGGACAGUAGACCGGAUCCGCACGCAAGCUUGAUGUCUCAGAAGGAAAAGGAAUGGGUGAUCAAACUGCAGAUGAUUCAGUUACAAAGUGAAAACCCCCAUUUAGAUGACUGUUACUACCAGAGCUACUAUGAGAAGCUAGAAAGUCGAAUGGCUGAAGAGGAGCUUUUCGGGGACCGCAAGAAGAAAGAACCCACUAAACUGGUUACCCCUUACAUCCAGAAGGCAGAGACCUAUGAAUCUGUGGUUCACAUUGAAGGUUCACUGGGACAAGUUGCAGUUUCCACCUGUUACAGUCCCAGAAGAGCCAUUGACGCCAUCUCCUAUGUCCUGCCGGAUGAAGAUAUAAAGGCUCUUGGCUACCAGAAGUUGAGGGUGCUGAAACACAUUGAGAAGCUGUUUGUAAUGUUGCUGGAGGUUGAAGAGUUGGAGAAGAAAAUGCUUCAUAUUCCUGAAGAGCAGAACAUUCGCUUCCAGCAGAAGCAAAGCUACAAAGUGCAAAGGAUCUAUGAGGCGAUGAAGAUUGGGGCUAGCAGAUAUGACGAGGAAUCUGAGAAUGAGUUUCUCAAGCUCCUGCUAGUUGGGAAAGGCAAAAAAUUAACAGCCCGGCUCCUGCCGUUUCUGCACAGCGAGCAAGCGGCGGAAAUCCUCCUGACUGUGGUUCAGCAUCUGCCUUUCCUUAUAAAAAACGACAGCACUGAAAAGUCUCUUCCAGUUCUCUAUGGACCACUGACCUCCAUAAUUAAUGCACUUCCCUUCACGGAGUUGAUCAGAGUCAUUCAAGAACUCACCACGCCAUCGCCAGAAAGCCCUAAUUUGCCUCUGUCACUGGCGUUUCAAAAUCAGUUUGGAAUCUCCAUAUUGUAUGCUCUGCUGAGCCAUGGAGAGAGCCUGCUGUCCUCUGAUACCCCGAUGGAACCAUGCAUUGGGGACUUUGAAAAAUGGACGGACACUGUCUUCCUGGUGGCAAAGGAGCUUUCUCAUGUCUCCAAAUCUUCCAUGGUGGAACCACUUUUCCUGCCAAGCAAUUUGCUAUCCUUAUUCUGCCGUUACCUGGACAAGCAGACCAUUCAUAAACUAGAGGACAAAAUGGAAUGUCCCUCGGCGCCCCCCUAUGCCGCAGUACCUUCAUGAAUGCUGAUUCUGAUAUGAAAAAAACAGAUCAGCCGUCGCUUCACUCACCACAGAUUGGUGGAGCUUCCGUUUUUGGAAAUUUAAAUAUUUAAUCCUGUUUUAAAGGAAUUUUUGUUUUGUUUAGUUAAACUUGGACAUGAUUUUCUGACUUUAAGUGAGCAGUAGGGUUGAAAGACCAUGUAAUGCUCCUUUGCGUUUGGAAUAAUUGAUACGAGAUUGCUGCUGUAAAAUAAAUAAAUAAAUGGGGGGUGUAAAUGAUGAAUGUAAUUUAUAUUUUUGUUUGUGUGAGUUUUGCACAGCAUUGACUAUGUCCUGUACACCACUUGCAAAAUAAACAAAGAAAAUGUG